AGGAAGUUUGAGGGGAUCUGAGUGAGAGAGAGAGAGUGGGUGAGUGUGAGAGAGAGUAAGUGAAGAAGGGCCCUACUAUUCUGGCAGCAGCAAUAGGAUAGUUAGUUAGCUGCGUGGUCUGACCAGUCCGUCGUGUUGCAGGCAGGCAGGCAGGGGUUGGAGACAGACAGACAGACAGCCAGAGGGAGGGAGGGGGGUUUAGGGUUUAGGUCUUCCCCUUUCCCUUUCUCGCUCUCCCUUCUCCUCCCCUUCCUCUCCUCCAGUUUCUCCUCCCGCGUGCAAGCAAGCUCUCUCUCUCUCUCUUCGCUGCCUUCUUUGCUGCUCAACUUCUUUUCGUUCCAUCUACAGCAGUUGCGUACAACUUCACAUUCAGAAGCAGGCCUUUUUCUCCUAUCAUCACCUAAACCCUACCCCCCCCCCCCCCUUAUUCCUUGCGCUCUCCCCUUUCGCUACUUUCACGACCCUCUUUUCUUUCUCUUCUUUUUUGAAAUUCCAUCCCUCGCUUCGGCGCAAGAUUUUGACGCUCAUCCAUAAUGUAACAACGUACACAACACUCUUCCACGACGCUACUGCACAAUCAUGAUGGAGCUAGUGUCCCCUUCUUUGCACCUCUUCUACUCCAAGCGCUGCUUCUUCACUCUCUCGCGCUCAUUCCAACAUGACCCCUACCCUCCAUCCUCACUCUCUCUGAUCAGUCUUCUCUGCCUUCCCCCGCUUCUUAUUGCCCCCGCUCACCCAGAUUAUGCUGACGAAAACAGAGGCAGUUCAACUAUCUCUUGUUAGAGCCGAUGCGGUUCAGAGAAGGAUAUACAUAUAGAGGGAGAGGAUCUGAAUAUGGCUACUGCUAAGGCGAAACUCCAUACGGUUAUGGUCAGGUUAGGUCAGAAAUGCCGGUAUGAAACUUGGCAGUUGCCACACUUGGGAACAGGGUCUGUUGGUGCAGGACACCAGGAAACUGCGCUUCUUGAGUUCAGCAAGGAGGGUCCUAUGUUUGCAUGUAAGUUACAUUUGCCCGAUGGUACUACCAUUCAAUCCAACAGUUUUCGUCGGAAAAAGGAUGCCGAGCAAGAUGCAGCUCUUCAUGCACUUCAGAAGAUGGGAAUACCAUAUGAACCAGGUGCUUUACAGGCUACUACUGCUGAAUCAUGGGAGGGUCUACAUCGCAAAGUUUCUUUGGCCUUCACCGAUCAGAUGGUGCUGUCUUACAAGCCACUGGCGGAGCACUUUAGAGCUGCUGUGCAGCGUAAAGGUUCACGGUUUGGGCAAGUACCAGCCAUAGUGCUGACAGUGUUGGAUGGCAAGAUUACAUCGCAGUGCAAAGCAAUCGACCUACUUGCGGAAAAAAAUCCUGCUUAUGCUGCUGCUCUUGUUUGCAGAGCAGCUGCUGCUUGCCCAUCCCUCAGGCUAUCUGAUGAUGGCCUGUGGAUUGGUCGCUCUGACCCAUUUUCUCCUGAACUUGUAACGAAACUUCUUACUGAUCGAGAGAACCGAGUUGAAUCAGUCGCGUCGGGGAAUGGAGAUGAGAUGCAUAAUCUGGAAACAACGUGUUCACAGUUCAAUAGAGCAUUUAGAUUUGAAGCAGUAUAUAUUCCUGCAUAUGUUAAAGAGGAAUUAAGGACAAUUAGUCUGACUGCAUUACCAGAUGUUUAUUACCUGGAUACCAUAGCAAAUGCACUGGGUCUGCAAGAUACAGGACAAGUGUUCAUGUCAAGGCAGAUUGGAAAGGCACCUGAUGGGUCUCGCUUAUUUUGGGGAGCACGAGAGAGACUUCCUGUAGUGAAGUUUCCUGAUGUUGAGCUGCUCGAGCAAUUUGAACCCUCAAAAAUUUAUCGCGACAUUUGUUCCCAGGAUGGUCCUAUGGAGGCAUUGCGAAACACUGGAGGACGGAUUUCUAGAAAUGAGCGAGCUAGCUUUCUUGUGGGUCAUGCUAUUGAUGGUGAUGCUAUUCUUGCUACUGUUGGAUCCACCUGGACAUCUGAUGGAAGAUGCAUCUAUGAUAACUUCACAUUGAGUUGCUUUCAUAGGUUAAUGUUGGGGAGAAACCCUUGGGGUGCAUACAAGCUAAGUAGACGGUCGCUGUUAGUGGCUGAUCUGCCAAAGGUCUACACCUGCAGGGCACAUUGGCAAGGUGCUAGCCCAAAAUCUCUUUUAGCAGAUUUUUGUCACCAGCAUCGCCUCUCCGAAGCACAGUAUACUUGUAACGAUACACAGGAGUCCUGCAAUAGUACCGCAGGCGGACACUCAUUAGAGAUAGGUCAUACUAAAGGUUUAAUGUCCAUGAAUAACAACGGUAUCUCAAAGCAGGGUAAUCCUGGAAGUAGUAAGCAGGGGCCUUUUCAGUGCAAAGUUCGUGUAGGCUCUGCGGGAAACAAAGCUCCCACAUACUUCCAGUCAGAUGGCUUUUUCCGAAGUCGCAAUGAUGCAAUUCAGAGUGCUGCAUUGAAUGCUCUUUUGAGCUAUGGAAGAUGGUCUGGAACAGGUUGCCUUUGCAGUUACUUUCAAAACCAAGAUUGUUGCAAGUCAAAUGGAGAUUUCUUGGGUAGUAAUCCUCAAGACUCUACUGUUUACAAGUCAGAUGAAAGCAGUGGGCAGUCGGAAUUUUUGUCAUUCAGAGUCAUUGCUGAGGAAGAUACUCUUGGCGAUCGGCCUCCUCCAGGUUCAAUGGUAUUUGUGAGCUACACUGUAAACUUGAUCGACGAAGGAUCUUGUUGUAAUGGUGAUAAUUCUUCUGAUAUGCUAUUAAUACAUGACUUAGAGUCUCAAUCAGACUUCAAAUUUGAGCUUGGUGUGGGCGCUGUAAUUGGCCAAAUCGAUGCAUGUGUUAGUCAGGCCACCGUUGGCCAAACCUUGCAAUUUUGUUUACCCGUGGAGGCACUAGGUGUGUUAUUUGCAGCCAGCAGCGAACUUGGCGAAAAUCGGCAAGGUCUGGUACUUGAAUAUACUGUGAAGUUGCUUAAAUUUGAAGAAGCGAUGGAGGAGAGGAUAGAGUCCUCACAUUUUGCACCCCCUCUUUCCAAGCAGCGGAUAGAGUUCGCUCGCACAAUGAUAAAUGCCCUGGAGGCGAAGACUCUGGUGGAUUUGGGAUGUGGGUCUGGAAGCCUUCUGGAAGCCCUUUUAAGAGAACCUAAUACGCUGGAAUAUAUGAUUGGCAUUGACAUAUCUCGGAAAGCCUUGAUUCGUGGGGCCAAGUCACUGAGUGCAAGUUUAGCGAAACAGAAUGCUGCUCAUAGCAUCCAAAGUAUCACUCUCUACGAGGGCUCGAUCUCUGCUAUGGACUUACGUCUUCGCUCCCCAGAUUUGGCAACCUGCAUUGAAGUGGUGGAGCACAUGGAUCCAGAACCUUUGCGCAAAUUGGGAAAAAGUAUACUUGGAAAAUUGGUUCCAAAAGUGUGGUUAGUGAGCACGCCAAACAUCGAGUACAAUCCAGUCAUUCGCGGCCUGGAGUGGGACCCUGAAAGCAACAGUCUUAAUAAACCCGGUCCUACGGUUUUUCCUGAACUGACCGACUCCAAGAAGCUAAUGGACAUGGAAACCCAGAACCUCAGAAACCAUGACCAUAGAUUUGAGUGGACACGAGCUGAAUUUCGGGAGUGGGCCUCCCUUCUUGCUUCGCAGUACGGUUAUCAAGUGCGUUUCGCAGGUGUUGGUGGAGACGGGGAAGACGAUGACAACAGUCCUGGCUUCGCCACACAGAUUGCUGUUUUUGCACAUAAUGGUGUGGUCUUCCCUACAUUUUGUCAGGAAGCAGGUGUUAGUAAAUGCGAUGGCUCAGAUAGUGUGCCAACAGCUACAGAAGUGGAGAUGACAGAUAAGCGAUUGGAAACUGAACAGGAUCCUGUUUCACAGUUAAAGGAACUUUGGCAGUGGACCUCGCCUGCACACCCUGCAGCAAUUUUGUAGGGAGGAUGUGGUUGUCUCUAUGUUUAGAGUUUAGCUUUGAUCAUGCUUGUUUGUUAAGAGAAGAGCCAUACGCUAAAACUCGGUCCCCUCCCCAAUUUUUGAUCAACGGCGUCCCAAAUCAUUACAUUAGAGUUUUUGUGCCGACUAUCAUCAGUGGUGGAAAAGAUGGGAGUGGUUGAGAAAUUUUGACUGCCUGUAAAUUGUUAGCAUUUUUAAACGAUAUUCUGAACGGUUGUAGUAAAAGACUCGAGGAAAUUAUGGCAGCCCCCGUUGCGGGUUUAAGAAAAGGUAUUUUUUAUAUUAACUCCCCAUCAGGUGAUAUA